GGGUCCCGUAGCGGGCGGGCGGUAGCACAGGGGGCCGGGCUCUCUAUCAGUUCCGAGACCGUAAACCAUUCUCCCGCCCAACACUUCGAUUCACGUCCCAUUAUUGUAAGGACAAACUUUUUGGAGCCCAUAACACACACAGCACACUUUAUAGCUUUUAUAUCGUCGUGUUCCAUUUCCACGCCGCUUCUGUAUACAUUGUAUUUUUAUUUCGUUUGUUUUGAUUUUCUGUAAUAUUAUUAUUAUAUUAUUAUUACGUCGUUGUCAUUAUUAUUUGGUUAUUUUUUUUAUUCGCACGCCGCGGCAUACAAUAUUUUAAUAUAAUAUUUUCCGUUUAUUACAUCGUAUAAUAUUAUAAUAUUUGAUUUUUUCGCCGUUCUCGCCGACCCGCCAAAAAUAUUUACGACAGACGUAUAUUUAAAAACACGCCGAUCCAAACGCGCGGAAAAUCGUAUUUUUAAUCGUGUCGAAAAAAUGCAUGCUAAACACCGGUCGUUUUAUAUUUUAACCGCCACAGUUUUUCGUUGUACGGUAUUCGAUUUUUGUUGAAACGAUUUUUUUUUCAAUCAUCACUACAUAAUAAUAGUUAUUUAAACCUCCGCAGUUAUUGUUUUGUUUGUUUUGUUUUUAUUAUUAUUAUUUUUUUUUAAUCAAAAACACACAUUAUUCUAAACACAGUUUUUUGACGUCUACUCGCCUUUCAAGAGAUCUCAUUGGACCAAAGCACAUACUCGAUCCAAAAUUGACUGUGUCCGCGGAGCACUAUAUCGACGUACACGAAAAAGGGGCGGAUUACGCGUACCCGACCAAGUGAUCGCGACGACCGUCACCAGCACCAGCAAAAACAGAAUAUCCAACGCCAGCAGCAGCAGAACCGUCAACCGCACAGGUACCGGAAAAACCGCAACCGCGGUCGGACCAGCGAAAGCGACACAGUCGUCGGCAGCGAAUCGGCGGCGAACCGGACGACACGUCCAACGUUCACGACCGUAGGACGGCCGCACGUCGACGACCUGCACCGUCGUCACCGACACGACUAUCUCCACCGGCUGCACCAGCACCAACACCACCGCUACCAGACCAACGGCCACGAUGACGGCGUGCCGCGACGUUGCAGUUGUCGGUGGCCACUAGCAGCCACACCACUCGGCGGACGAGCGGUACACCGCACCGGUGUGUAAUUACGGUACUUCGAGCACCACACAUUUUCGCGACCGCGGUCCAGUGUCAGCGGCAGGCAAAGUGGAGGGCAACUGCGGCGACCUGUUGAACAUGAGCUCGUACUUUGCCAACUCGUACAUGCCUUCCGACAUGCGGAACGGCGGAGGCGGAGGGAGCGGCGGAAGCCUCGUCGGAGGCGGCAGCGGCGGGGGCGGCGUGCUCGGUGGUGUCGGCGGCAUUGUCGGCGGCGGUGGCGGCGGUGGCGGCGUGGUCAUGGACCACCACCACCACGGCCAGCAGCACUACGUGGACAACGCUCCGUGCGACCCGACCGCCCGGCAGGGCAUACCGCCGCACCACUACGUCGGGCCCACCGUUGGCGGACAGCCGCCACAAGGCAUGCCAUACCCGCGGUUCCCGCCCUACGACCGGAUGGAAAUCCGGCAGGCGGCCGCCGCGGCCGGCUACUACAAUAACCACCACCAGUCGUCCAUGGACGGCUACAGCAGGCCCGAAUCGCCUAUCGGCGGUGGCCUGGUCGGAGGUGGUGGUGGCGGUGGCAGUGGCAUGGGCCAGAUGACCAUGAACGGCCACACGCCCGUCGUGUACGCCACGUGCAAGCUCCAGGCCUCGGUGGCCAACGGUCUCGUCGAACCGGGCAGCCCCACCGACAUGGUCGACAUGACCAACCACCACCAGCAGCAGCAGCAGCAACAGAUGACGGCUGCCGGUCACCACCAUCACCAGCAGCAGCAGCAUCACCAUUCGGCGCCGCCGCCACAGUCGCACCACCAACAGCAGCAGCAACAGCAGGCGUACUUCAGCAACCUGAGUCCGCACCACCACCAGCAGCAGCAGCAACAGCAGCAGUCCGUCGUUCCGCCGGCGCCUGGACACCACAACCAGGUCGUGGUCAAUCCGCACCAGCAGACGCCGCCGCUGCAGACUCCCACCGCUCAGAAUCAACAGGCGGUCAACAACAACUCGCUGCCGAGUCCACUGUACCCGUGGAUGCGAAGCCAAUUCGAGCGGAAACGCGGCCGGCAGACUUAUACCAGGUACCAGACGCUGGAGCUGGAAAAGGAGUUUCACUUCAACCGGUACCUGACCCGGAGGCGGCGGAUCGAGAUCGCUCACGCGCUGUGCCUGACCGAGAGGCAGAUAAAGAUAUGGUUCCAGAACAGGCGGAUGAAGUGGAAAAAAGAGAACAAGACCAAGGGCGGCGACGGUCAGGGUGGCGACGGUAGCGAUAUCACGCCGCAGACAUCGCCGCAGUGAUAACGCCGCCGCGACUUCGCUCGUCAUUAUUUAAUAUUAUUAUUAUUAUUAUUAUUAUUAUUGAUAUUAUUAUUAUUAUUAUUAUGAUUAUGAUUAUGAUUAUUACUGUUGUUGUACAUGUACUCGCGAUCGCGUGUGUGUGUAGAAGUGAAACGGUCCACAGUUUUCCGAGUGUUGUGCGUGAGUGCGCGUGUUGCAGAGUGUCGUAUUUUGGGCGCGCGCACCUCCGGUUUUGCGUGUUUGUGUUUGAGUGUGAGUGGUGCGCGCGCGCGCCCGUCCGUCGAGCGAAAUGUCACGUAUGCAGGACGACGACGGAGGGUUGUGACAUUUUUCGCGUUUACUUAAAACAAACAGAGAAACAAAUUUCGAAAUGAUAAUAAUAAUUAUAUAUACACUGGUCGCUCUGUAUAGCAUAAAGUAUAAUAUUAUAACUAUUGGUCAACCCGUAUUGUAAUAUUGUCACUGCGAUUACAUGGCGAUUUAGAUGGUAACAAUAAUAUUUUUUUAAACAAUAAUCUUCUUAUUGCAUAUUACAUUGAAAAUACAAAAUAAAAAAACAUUCAAAAUUUUUUUUUGACACUUCGUUCUGGGUAUAUAAGUACACAAUGGUAUUAUCUACGCAUCGAACGUAUUUUAAAAUAAUUUUUUUAAUUUUUUCAAAAAGAAGAAAAUGUCUUACUAUCAAUUUUUAUCAUAAUAUACUGACGGCAAUACUAUAUAAUAUAUAAUUACGCGUAAAAUUUUCCCUCGCUUAGGAAACUUAUUCUAAGAUUGUGUCUAAGUCAUUAUGUCGUAGGUUUUUUUUAGUUCUCGUUUAAGUUUUAUUUAGUUCUAAGCAAACAAAUAAUAACGAUAGCAAUGACGACGUAAUAAUAAUUUUUUAAAAAUCCAAAGAAAAAUGACAUGCCUUUAACGCUCGCUGGUCAACCACGACGUAGUUUCAACUACUCAAGCCCACCCACACCCACUCACUCACACACAUAUUUAUGCAUAAAUAUAUAAUAUGUGUAUACGUUUUAUUAUAUCGGAUACACAAUUAUGAUAAAAAUACACUAAGUAAUAUAUUAUUAUUAGGUAUAUCGUAAUUAUUAAAAAAAAAAUAUUUUUGUUACGAGCGAAUCGUCGGGCAGUCGAUGAUAUGCGCUCGGGAUCUCAAAACCAGCUCAAAUAACACGUCCUCGAUAAUAAUAAUAAUAAUAAUAAUAAUGUACAUCCAACACACUUGUCUUAUCUUAAUACAUACGUGUCGUACAUAAUAUAUACCUAGAGAUUUUGUGUAUCAUAUUAUAAUAUUAAGUUGUAUAUUAUAAUAUAAUAAUAUGUGUGUGCGUGUUUGUUUGUGUGUGUGUGAGUGAUUGUGAUUAUGUCUAUAUGUAUAUGUAUACAUAUAUUUCGGUUUCAAAUUCCAGGACCAGUUGUUGUCUGUUUGUUUUUAUUUCUUAUUCAACUUAUAGUGCCAUUAGGAAUUAGACUGGCACCGCGAUUCGCGUCCGAUUCAUACGGUGGUGGUGUGAUCUAUUUUUUUGCGAUCACCGCGGUAUUUGACACGAUUAUAUAAUAAUUGAAUAAUAAUAUUAUAGGAAUAUUUCUUAUGCGUGCGCCGCCGCCAAUUGUUUCUGGCUGUUGAUGGACUUCAAUAUGGUCUUAAUAAGAUCACUAUAAUAACUAUAACAUGCGUAUAACAUCUUGUUUUAUGCCAUAUAUUAUAUACCUAUUUAAUAUUUUAUAUAGGUGGAUAGGUACUUGUUGUCUCGGCCGUGACCUUCGGUCACAUAUACAAAUACAGCAUACAACCACUGUCACUGCGGUAGUUGAU